AUGCGGGGCAAAGUGGUCUCCCGCUCCGGCGACGCCGCCCCUUCCGCCUCCGCCUCCGCCUCCUCCUCGCUGACCACGCCCCUCCUCCAAUCUCCCACGCAUCCAAACCACUCUCUUCCCUCUCCCACCCCCACCUCCUGCGCCUGCGAGGAGCGAUUCGUCGAGGAACCGCUGAGCAAGGCCAUAGACGCGUGCUAUAUAUGGUGUCUCUGUUUCUCUCUCGUGCUCGAUCCCGAUCCACCCCCUUCUCUCGGCACGGCGCAUGCGGGAAAGCUCGCUGCUGCGGUGGGCCUUGACGGCGGCGAGCAGGGAGCCGACGAGGUAGACCACAAGGGCCGUCAUGGGCUCCACCUGCGCCCUCUUGCCGGCGGACUGCUGGUCGCCUCGGCCUCCCGCAGCAUCUCCGACUGGCACAAGCUGCAGGUCCUGGGUGAGCCCGGAGAAGAAGCUGAUUGUCGAGUGCCAGGUGGCUGGCCUGGGGGUGCUCACCAAUGCCUACAACUUCUACUAGCUCCCAAGAGCGCAUCCACAUCCCGGAGUAGAAGCUGGUUCACGAGUGCCAGGCGGUUGACCAGGUGGUGCUCACCAACGCCUACUGCUCCUAAUGUCUGCGAAGAGCUUAUCCACAUGCAAGGCAGUCCGGCGUCCCGCCCCCCAAGAUGCGGGUCUGCAUGUUCGGUGAUGCCAAGCAUGUGGGGGAAGUAUGUGCCGUUUACUGCUGCAUCACAACCUUCAUGUCUGGCUAGUGGCUACUAUGGCGCUUGAUGGACUACCUCCUCACCCACUACCUUGGCUUCGUACACAGCAUGAUGACAAUGGUUUUGCUGCAACCGUGGCGGUGGUGACUGCCCCUUGGUUCUGGGAGGAGGGUGUAGGACCUGCAGCCACCGUGAAGUUUGAUAUUGCGGAGGAGGGCGAGAAGAUUGGUGAAUGGAGCUUGUAGCACCGCUUUGUCGAAAUUGGGUUGCUGCUGGAUGCGAUAGAUUUCUGGUGGUGUGGACGGGUGCUUGGUGGAUCAGUUCUGGCGAGUGUUUGUUGUACAAUCUUGCCACUUUGUUGGUUUAUAUGAUCUUUGCUUUGCAGGACAGCACCCACCCAUAUAACUUGUGUGGAAGUGUGGACUUUGAUGGUGAUUCGGCUGUGGUAGUACCAGUUUGUGCUGUAGGGGCGUUGCCCAUACUUCAUGUUGCUGUUUGGUGUCAGUCGAAUGUAAACUGUUGAGUUUGUAAGCAGGGUGUCAUAAAUUUUGGAUUGUAUACUGAGUUUGUCAAUGUCAACAAGUAGGGACGGAUUGGCUGGCUGAACCUUGCUUCCCCAUGAAUGAAUGUCUGUUUUUUUGGUUA